GUCCUGCGACCUGUUCCGUCAGGUUGUGGCUGGAAUGCGCAUGUGUGGGGGCCGGCAGGAGGCGCAGCAGCAACCGCCUUGGCGGCCUUUCUUUGCCACGUACGGCAGCGACAGCAGUAGCGAGUGAGGAGGCGGGGAGGGGGAGAUUUGGCCGUGUGGCUGUCUGGCGAGUGGGCUGACUGGUGCCGCUGCCUUUGUAUCGUGGAAGAACUGGAAUUCCACACACUGCUGCCUUUUGUUAUAUCUCACUAACCAGCACUGCAUGGCGGGACAUCUGAUCUCCAGCUGAAAGCAAAAGGGAUAAUCUGCCGAGCCACUCAGUAAAUUUUGCAAGACAGGUUUGCCUUGGGAUGUUGCAGGAUACCGUCGUGUCCCCAAAGCUAUUUAACAUCUAUAUGAAGCCCUUAAGUGCGGUCAUCAGGAGAUUUGGGCUCUGUAAGAAGGCCAGAGUUAACCAUGAAUGGACAACUGGACUUGAGUGGAAAGCUUAUAAUUAAAGCUCAAAUGGGUGAUGAUAUUAGAAGAAUUCCCAUUCACAAUGAAGACAUCACCUAUGAUGAGUUAGUGCUGAUGAUGCAGAGAGUUUUCAGGGGAAAGCUUCUAAGCAAUGAUGAAGUCACAAUAAAAUACAAAGAUGAAGAUGGAGAUCUCAUAACAAUAUUUGAUAGUUCAGAUCUUUCUUUUGCAAUUCAGUGCAGUAGAAUACUGAAGCUGACCCUGUUUGUUAAUGGGCAGCCAAGGCCUCUAGAAUCUAAUCAAGUGAAAUACCUCCGCCGAGAACUGAUAGAGCUUCGUAACAAAGUGAAUCAUUUGCUGGAUUGUUUGGAGCCCCCUGCUGAACCAGGGCUUUCUACAAGCCUCCCUGAAAAUGAUGUUGCAGAGAAUAGGGAAGACAAGCCUGCUACUACUGACUCUACUGUCAAGCCUUCUACUCAAGUUAUAGCAGCAAGUAUGUCUGCUUUUGAUCCAUUAAAAAAUCAAGAUGAAAUCAACAAAAAUGUCAUGUCAGCAUUUGGGCUGGCAGAUGAUCAGGUGUCGGGACCCCCCAGUGCCCCUGUAGAAGAACGUUCAGGAACACCAGAUAGCAUUGCUUCUUCAUCCUCUGCUGCUCAUCCACCUGGUGUUCAGCCACAGCAGCCGCAAUAUGGAGGAACUCAGCCACAAACUGGGCAGAUGGAAGGCCAGAUAUAUCCACAAUAUCCACAACAGGCUGGAUACCCUGCUCCGCAGCCUCAACCUCAGCAACAGUUUGGUAUGCAGUAUCCAGCAGGCUACAGUCAACAAACUGCUCCUCAACAAGCACAGCAGUUCCAAGGAUACAGCCAGCAGGCAUCACAGGCUCCAGCUCCUGGCUUUCCUGGCCAGCCUCAACAACUGCCAGCCCAGUCUCCCCAGCAGUAUCAGACAGGCACCUAUCCUGCACAGAACUACACAACACAAACUUCCCAAUCUGCCAGUUAUAACGUGACCCCAGCGUCACAACCUGGAAUGGCUCCAAGCCAGCCAGGUGCUUAUCAGCCAAGACCAGGCUUCACCCCACCACCUGGAACUACUAUGACACCCCCUCCAAGUGGCCCUAAUCCAUAUGCACGCAAUCGUCCUCCUUUUGGCCAGGGCUACACCCAGCCAGGUCCUGGCUAUCGAUAAGGAAGCUGUGCUGUUGAAAGGCCCCAAGUAAAUCCAAACAGUUGCUGAUGCUACUCCAUUCGUACAGGCUCUAAGGUUCUUUAACUGAAAUUCAAAAACUAAUGAAAGGCAGAAUAUUCUAUGGUAUCACUGUUGCCGUUUAAUUUGCUGGGAUGAAUGACCAAAUUAAUUUUGUUUCCUGCUUUAAAUUGUAUUGGCUUUCUAGUUUAAUAUUGGUUCCUUUGAAAACACUACCUAAAUGUUUGUAAAGUAAUUACAUUCUAACUUGCCAUAUUAAACUGCCAGGUGAAAAUCUGGCUGAUAUCUGGCUUGUUUUUACUAAUAAAAUUAUGUGCUAAAUUAGAUCCACUUGUUAAACUAGGUAUGAUGUUUAAAUUGUAACAUACAUACUGAAAUUGAAUAAAAUAUUCAAACCAUCAUUUGA